GGCGGGCUAGAGGGGUCGCCAGUAAUUUACGCUAUCCUGCUCGCCAACUUGCUGUGUGACCUUGGGCAACUUAUCAGGCCUCUCUGGGCUACUUUUUUCCGGAAAACAAGGAAGCACCAUGAUGAUUUCCUAGGGUCGUUCUCGUGGACUCCCUAAGCAUUUGAGGAAUACACAUUGCAUGCACGGUGUACGGAGGGAACAAGCUUGAGGCCCAGAAGGGCUUAUUACAAACAAGGAUUCAGGUCGGGCCCUAAACAUGGCUUCGCCUAGCCAGGCCUCUGAUACUCAGAAACAGGUGGAAGAGACAAGCAUUUGUUGGUCUCACCAGAGAGGGCCUCAGGCCUUCACUCCGUUCCUGGAGGCCUGGAUGAAAGGGGGGUCGGAGAGUGAAUUAAAGGGUUCCCAGUAGUAAGAGGUGGGGGGAAGCUCCAGAUGAUGCAAGAACUUUCCCGGAGACCCACCAGGAUUCCCAGGCAUGCUGGGCCAGGCUCUCUGGGAUUAGGGGCUAGCUUGGCCCAACUGGAACCCCCUCUGUGAGGGGGCCUUCAACAGACCUCAUGUGAGGUCAGCACUCAUUUCGGCUGAUUAAUUUUGAUGUUUAGUUUGAACGGGAACCUGUGGUGUAAUAGAAGAUUCUAAUCACUGCCUGUAAUUACAGAGCAGGCCGAGCCACUAAUGACGGGGCAGGGUAAAUCACCAACCACCUUGUUCAAAAGGGUCUUCAAGUCUGAAAUAUUGUAAAAUAGAAUCGUUACCAGACAAAGUCUCGCCGUCUGGAGAAUCUUGAUGCUUGAGGCUGGGGGCCUCGAGCCCUCCAAAAGUCACAAGUUUGGGAAAAAAACAAAAAACAAACUUUUUUUUCCUCUCGCUGAGUUAAAAUUGGAAAUUGUCUGAAAAUCUGAAAAGGGGAAAGAAAAGUCAUUUUCGAACGUUCUAGUUCUCAUUUUGAUUGGAGUGAGGACUUCCUGUUGUGGACAUAUUUUCACUAUGAACUGGUUUGAUCCUUGGCAUCAGUGUGGAAAGGUGGUUGAGGGAGAUGUCUUAGCCUUACCCCCAUUUUACAGAUUGAAGGUCUUUUAGAAGUGAAGCCGCUUGGGCCCACCCUUUCCCAAGAGCAACCAGGGAUUGGUUACCAGGGAGGUGUGGAGCCAUGGGUCUCUCAGGUCUUGUGGCUCUGCAACUGGGACGACAAAGGGGGAUUGGACCGGGUGGGGGGAAGACCGUCACUGUCUUUUAAGCUUCUGGAAGAGGCUCCCAAAUAUGGGGUGCCAGGUGCUCCUUGCAGUGGGAGGUUUUAGGUAAACUCAAAAUUAGCGGGGCUGAUUAAACCCAAAACAGCCUCUAAGAAGAGGGAAGAUGCUAGAAAAGAACCAAGAAGCUUUGAGGACCAGCCCUGCCAGCAUCCCAGCCAUCGCUCCUCCACCUGCUCCAGAGAGAAGGGAAGAUGAGCGAGUCGAGCUCGAAGUCCAGCCAGCCCUUGGCCUCCAAGCAGGAAAAGGACGGCACUGAGAAGCGGGGGCGGGGCAGGCCGCGCAAGCAGCCUCCGGUGAGUCCCGGGACGGCGCUGGUAGGGAGUCAGAAGGAACCCAGCGAAGUGCCAACACCUAAGAGACCUCGGGGCCGACCAAAGGGAAGCAAAAACAAGGGUGCUGCCAAGACCCGGAAAACUACCACAACUCCAGGGAGGAAACCAAGGGGCAGACCCAAAAAACUGGAGAAGGAGGAAGAAGAGGGCAUCUCGCAGGAGUCCUCCGAGGAGGAGCAGUGACCGCGCCGCGCCGCCCGCUCCUUCGCCGCCGAGGAGCAGUUUCCCUCUGGGACUGGACAGCGCCGCUCCGCUCCCCCCGCCCCCCCCAGGCCCACGCACCGCCGCCACCCACCUGCGCCCUCAGCACCACACUACACAGCACACCAGCCGCUGCGGGGCCCCAAGGCCCGAGUGGGGAGCAGUUUCCCUUGGUUUCCAGCGAGCCCUCACCCUCACGCACACUAGCCCUUCCAGACAAAGGCGACUGCCCACCUCGCCGCACCCUGCCCCUUCUGCGUCCCCAUGCUCUGUGGUGGGGACGCUGCUGACUGGGCUCUUGGUUUGGGGGGGUCCCUUCUGCUUCCCCAUUCUUCUCUCUGGCUUCCCACUAAGGGGCCUGGGAGGGCUCCCCUGGCCUUAAAAGGGGCCCGUGCCCCGUCUCAUUCUGAUCUGCCCCACUCCACAGCACUGGCAACAGCAGGCAUGGCCACUGGGGGGCGGCGCUCGGCCCCAGGAGGCCCCCCGAGCGGCCUGUGUCUCCCGAGGUGCGGCUCACACCCACUUUCCUUCCCUCCUCCCUUGCCUGGUCCUUGCUCUAGGUCGGACAGCCCCCUUUGGGCACAGGAGGGAAGGCAGGAGGGGUCUGAGCCCCCUACUCUGAAUGGGCUCCAGCCCACCUCCCCUCCCCCCCCCCGGAAUCUAUUGCCGUGAGGGAAAUGCAGUCCCCCUUUCUCCAGGUGAGGUCCAGGAGGCCCAGGUUCCCUGCGGCGGCCUCCUCAGGUGGGCUGGAGCCCCUGCCCAACCCCAUCCGCUUCCACCCUAGGCCUCAGUUUCCCCUUUCCUCACAUGGGGCACUAAUAACAAGGAGCUAGCCUUGCCCACUCCCACCCUUCUGCUCCUCCCCACCCCCCAAGGUUCUGGUUCCAUCUUUUCCUCUGUUCACAAACUACCUCUGGACAGUUGCGUUGUUUUCGUUCAAUGUUUCCAUUCUUAGACAUCGUCAUUGCUGCUGCGACCAGCGCCAAAUGUUCAUCCUCAUUGCCGCCUCCUGUUCUGCCCACGUUCCCCUCCUCCGAGAGGCUCUUAGGGGAAGGGGCCCGGGGCAGAACAGGUUGGGUUACCGACCACCCCAGUCCCAGGGAAGGUGGGGCCCUGCCCCUAGGAUGCUGCAGCAGAGUGGGGGGGGGGGCCUGUAUUGACCGUCGAGGGUGUAGGGCCACCUUCUCCCCCCUGUUCUGCCGGGGAGGAGGGAGCCAUUAUUUGUCCCAGCCUGGGGCCCCCCCAUCUGGUUUCCUAUUUGCAGUUACUUGAAUAAAAAAAAUACCUUUUCUGGA